UCAACAAUCACGCAUGAUUACGUAUGGGCACGUCAACAGAAGUACACAAACUGGUGUGGCUGUGGAGUGGUUGUAGAAGUAGAGAUGCUUUGUAGCCAGUCAUUUUGCAAACAUUGUUAUAUCUUUACUUCUUAACUUGAAACUUUACUUCUCAAUAGUUUAACAGCAGAUGGGUCUUCGUUAGAAAUUACACGUUGUCACGCUGGUAGCACGUUAGCUAGCUAGCAGCGUUAGCUCAGCCAUGGAACCACCAAGCAUCGUUGCAGACGAGGUGGCUUUGGAGGGGUUGGAUGGGAUAACCAUUCCAUCUCUUUGGAUACGAUUAGAGGAUAGACGGCCAAAGUUUCCCCUCAAGCUCGACGACUGUACCAAGGGGUUCAUCUGGAGUUAUCUUGUCAGCAAUGUCGACUUUAGGUUCUACGAGCUCCCGCAAGAGAGAGAGAAUAUCGAGCUGUUUGACAGGUUCAAGGGCCUCGAUCCAGACACGGGCGUUGAAAAAGAGACGCUUUCUAGUCAACACAGAGACGUUUAUCCAAUUCACGUCAUUCCUGAGAACAAGGAUGGGAUUCAAGGUUCAUGUGCCUUUUUUAAACAGAGGAAAGACAUCACAAAGAAACUUCGAUCCCAGUCCCUCACCCCCGUCAUCAAUUUGGAGGAAGCACUGAAAAUGUAUGGACGAAAGCUUGUAGUUGUGGCCUCGCAGGCUCUGCGGUUUCGGACCCUGAUUGGCCCCGAGAGCGAUCCUGAUUUAAAACUCUCCAGCGACUCUUACUGCGUGUUGGAAAGGGUGGGACGAGCACGUUGGCAGGGAGAGCUACAAAGAGACCUGCAUGGAGGCCUUUUCAAGGCUGAUGCCCGAAAAUUACACUACCUGAGGAAGUCUCUCGUGAUACAUGAUCUGAUCACCAUGCAGUCGUAUGUCAGACGGCUACAUAGUGGUCAGCGGCAGCACUCCGUUCUCCUCCUGCUCAAACGCUUCCACAUUAGCAGACGGAGCAAAUAUGAUCUCCUGAUGGAGAGCAUGUCCACCUUCCUCCAGGAGCUGCCCUCUCAAUUCUCCACUGUAGACAUGCUCAAAGAACAUCUUAACGUGACUGAGCCGAAUUUAAAGCGUUUAUUUAAUUACAUGAGAGCUGGCAAGUUCGUCCAGUUUUGCCACUAUCCUUUGGAGGACUUGUGCCCCAGUGCUGGACCCUGCAAAAAUAAAAACGGCAGUAAAGUGCUCGUGCGCUGCGUCAAACUGUUGAAGCCGUACACAAAGAAGAGUGUUCCAGAGGAAGAAGAGGACGAGGAUGAUGAAGAUGAAGAGGACUACAGUGGAGCAAGAAAAGGAGGAGGUGUCCCUACAGUGGGCCGUAUCAUGGAGAGGGACGUCCUGUAUCAGGCCUAUGACUUCAUUUUGUCCUCGGGGACGAAGGGAGUUUCACAGAGAGACCUUUCCUCACGGCUGAACAUUAGUCUUCUGGAGUCUCGUAUAACCUGGCGAAAGCUGGUGAAGGAUGGAAUGGUUAAGCCGUUUAUGGAAGAUGUGGGUCGGCAGAGGAUGAGAAAGUUUAUCAGCCACAAGUUUGCGGGUGUCAGUGAUAAAAUACAGAAGUUCGCUAAGGAGCAGGCGCGGAAAAAUCAGCUGUUCUCCGCCGAACUUCCAGCAUUAGAAACUGACCCCGCCUCCCCUAAAACACCAGGAACGUCAAAAGCAAAACCUUCAGCCAGGAGGGUAAAGAAAGCCCUGGUGAAGAAGCAGCAGGUGUGUGAUGACAGCAGAGAAGAUGUUGGGGAUGGGAUAUGUGAUGGAGAAAGAGGAAAGACAGAGGACGAAGACGGCGCUGCAGCAGAAGAGACACAGCUGGACGUUUCCAUUAUGGGAACUACACAAGCAGAAGCCUGGACUGGAUCCACAACCAGCAUGACGCCUGACUCUGUGUCCGUUCCUCCAGCAGAAAAAGCUGCAGAUGAGGAGCAACAAUCCACCUCUGCCAACUCGAUGUCUCAGACUGAAGCUGAUGAUGCAGCAAACAAGAUCCUUAAUGUUGAUGGCGUGUUCAAGGCAAAGAAUGCUCACGAGACGUACCGCGUGCUGAAGAGGAAGAACCUGAUUGUUGAGGCCGUUCGAAGCUCGAGAAUCAUCACAGGCUUAUACGAACUUCAGAAAAAGAUCAUUGAAGAAGAACAGAAGGAUGGUUUAAAUUCAAAGUGCUGCAAGAAGACUAUUCUCCGACUUGUCAACAGUCUCUCUAGAGAAGGCUUGGUUAAGAUGUACACGACCACCGUCAUACAGGAUAAGAUCACCAGGAAGAUCGACUUGAUCGUUCAUCCGUCCGUCCAGCCCGAGGAUGAGAGUGUUAAACAAAUUAUUGAGCAGAUUCGGUUCAAAAUCUCCAGCUCUUCCUCUGCGCUACGUUUGCAGCAGGCUGAAGGCAAAGCCAAACAACAUAAAACAUUAGGAACUCUCUUAGCUUCCAAGGCCCCAAAGGUCAAAGCUAGCAAAAAGACUGUAAACAAGGAGGAGAACGCAAAGUUUAAACCCACAACAGUUCCUGGACUGGGGAAGCGUUUAGGCUUCCAACCUAAGAUGCAACGCCUGCGAGCCAUUCAUACCUUUCUCUGGUACCUCAUCUAUGGACAUCCGCAGAAAAGCAGCUCCACUGAGUGUAAAUCAGCCAACACAACAUCGCUGGACCCAAACGGCUCCAGCUCUGAUACCAACCUCCCAGACGGCCAAGCACAACAGGAUCUAAAGGAAACAGAAUCCUCUGAUGUGUCUUUUUGGGAUAAAGAGAAGCUGCUGGAUCAUGAAUCCAACCUCGAUUUCCCUCUGAACAACAAAGUGUUUGUUGACGAGGACUCUUGGAGAAGAUUUGUUCCUCCUGUUCGGCAACACGAGGAUUUUUCCUCUGGCUGGGCCUCGGUUGGCGACGUUCUCCUCUGCAUGCCUCUGUCCAUUUUCCUGCAGUUCACACAGAUUAACUACAAGGUGGAUGGACUGGAGGAGCUUGUCAACGACCCCAUGAAGCAACACUACCUUGUUAGUUCUCUGCCUCCAAAAAUGCAAAGAGAGCUUCUCUAUAGACGGAAGUACAUCCUAAUGUUCAAUGAGAACCUGCAGAGGUUGGUCUACAUGGGUUUGCUGCAGUUUGCCCCGACUGAGCGGUUCAAGGACAAAGACCAGAUGUUUGUGUAUCUGAAACGGAACGCCACCAUUGUGGACACCACCAGCACCGAGCCUCACUACUGGCAGGUCUCAGAACCACCCGACAAACCUUUCGAGAGGCGUAGCUACACACUCAACACUGCCGACGACGUGGAGAGCUACUGGUUCGACCUGAUGUGUGUCUGCCUCAACACACCACUGGGGGUGAUCCGAAGUAAAAGAUUUACGCAAGAAGGCGACCCUGUACAAUCGAUGGUGUACGAUCGCUAUGUGUUUGCUGGACUGGCACACAUGCUAAAAGGCAGCAUUGAAGUGUGUGAUGACGGGUCGAUACCAGGAGAUGGUAAAGGAGCAGCAGGCCUCGACAGUGAAUUCUUCGGUCAUCUUAAACGCAACUGGCUCUGGACCAGCCACCUACUUCUGAAUAAAAGGACUCCAACUACUAUAAAAACACCACAAACCCAAAACAGACUUAAGGGCCUCCUGAACAGAGAUGCUCUCAGGAUUGCUCUUCAAGCUGGAGAUGGCAGCAUAUCUUGUUAUUUGACCAGCAAGCGACCUCUGUCAACAGAAAAUGUGGAGGUGGGCAUAGAGCCAGUCUCUAGAAUCCAGCAGGGCAUCGGAGGGAAAGGACAGAAGAGGACGAAAGUUAGAAAGGAAGUUGUGAAGGUCACACGCAAGAAACGAAAAGAACCCAAACCACGCGCUCCUGCUCACGACGAGGCAGACCACAGGGCUUUAAAGAUGAUGACCAAACGUAGAGUCUACUGGACUAUACAGGAAGACUCUGUCAUAAUGCUCUGUGCUGUGGCCUCAUACCUGCUCAACAGCAAGUUAAAGAAGGUGUACGUGCCUUACUGCAUCGUAAGAGACCUGCUCCAUGCUGAGUUUCAGAUAUCAGAGGACAAAACGUCCCUCGCUGUUGGACGUCGCACAAAAUACAUCCUCAAGAAUCCCCAAACAUACCUGAACUUCAGGAUCUGUUUGGCAGAAGUUUACCAGGACACAACUUUGCUGAAACAUCUGGAGGAGAACAAACCAGUUUGUCCUGAUAAUCCAGAGGAUUGUGCCAAAUCCUUCUCGGAGUACAUCCGGCUCCUCAGACAGAAGUUCAGCGCUGUCACGAGCGCCCUUGAUGUGAUCUUUCCUGACUCCACGCAGGAGCUUUUCUCACGGUUCAAGGUUUCUGCUAUAGACGAUGAAACACCUGUUCAGGCCAAAGACACCAUAAACAGCAAAGAAGACAUUCAUGCCACAGUUUUGUAUAAUUUGAUCCAGAGCACUCUGGCCAUGACCAACGGACAGAUGAAGACUUCCAGAUCAUUCCAGACCUUCCACAUAUACAGUCAGUACGACCAGGAGCUGCUGUGCAAAGUGUUCCUGCAAACCAGGGUGGACCGGCUGGUCAACCGCCGUCGGGUUGGUCAGUUGACUGGGCCGAAGAAGAAUCGAAGCUUGCCCAUCCUGCCCAUGUCCUUCCAGCUGUCCCAGUCCUACUACAGGCGUUUUUUGUGGCGCUUUCCUUCAUCCCUCUGCACCGAUUCCUUCUGCUUCUUGAGGAAUUUGCUCGCCAAAGGGAGUGAAGAUGAAAAACCCUUCACUAGUUUCUACCAUGAAACGGAGAACCGGUCACAGAACAGCGAGGAGGUGUUGGAAAGGAAAACAGAGUCUUCAAGAAAAACAAAGCAGAGGGACUCACAGGAAGAUGGUGGUGGAAUCACCAGAUCACAGAAACAAACAGCAGACGUGCAGAAAACAAAGGAAGGGGAUGAUGAGAGAAACAAAACACAGAGUGAGAAGUCCUCGAAUGAUCCAGCAGACAGUUGGGAUGCUUUAAACAGAGCAGAUGGAGCUCCAGAGGAACCUCCAGAUGUGUCAGAUAUGCUGAGGUUCACUCUGAACAGUCCAGGUGGAGCUUGUGCUGCCUCUCUCAGUCUGAUGUCUCUGGGACUGCUGAAUGUGUUUGUGUCCAUCCCUAAACAGAUCGUGGUGGUGGACAGCAACCUUGUGGACAACGACGUGGCUAAAAGUUUGGCUACACUGGAAGAGGAGGAUGAUGAAGAUGAAGACGACGAUAAUGACAAUAAUGUCGAGGGGAGAAAGGGGCUCCAUGUGACUUCACACCAAGCGUCACACACCAACUUCUUACUGAUGAGGGGAUACUGCUGUCCUGGAAUCGUUCAUUUACGUAACCUCCCUACAAACGAUUACAUUGUGGUGGAGUCGUGUAUUGUGAAUCUAAAGCUGCGUGGCAAACCUGCUCACCAUCUUUUCAGUGACGAGACCCCUCCACAAUUAGAUUUGACUAAAUGUGGCCCAUCCCUGCUGCCCUCCGUCCUCACGGCCUAUAUCCGGUCGCCGUCCUCCUCUCCACCCAGUGCGGAGGAGUGUGACAGGCAUUUCAUUGAGGAAAGAGGAUACACAGAUGAGGACAUUGAAGUGUGCACUCAGCUCAGGAGGAGCUUGGAUGAAGCUGGUAUGAAUGGUUUGGAUGAGCGUGACCUGUACGGCGCCCACCUGCAGGAGCUGCAGCCCGGACACACACGAAACCUGCAGCAGUACUUGAAGGAUUUACAAGAAGAAGGCCAGGUGGUGAGAGUUGGGAGCUUGGGUGUCCGUUGGGUCCUCAUGCAGCACGCAGAUCCUUGGCUGCUGACUGUAAACUGUAAGCAGACUUCUAGAUCCAAGUUUACCUUUGAGAGACGAACGUCUCUGAAGAGUCAACACAGCAUCCCCUCUAAGCGCAAGAGAUGUCACCCAGAGCAGCCCCACAGGACAGAGGAGCCACCUGCAAAGAAACAGGCUGUGGAGGAGGACAAAGGUCCUGGUAGAGAUGAUGCAGAUGGAUUGUUGAGUAACAUGACAGAGAAACCUGGUGAGGAAAAACAGCUGGAACAGCAGAGACAGACAGCAGAAGAUGGAGGUGGAGAUGUACCUCAGAAAAUAGAUGAGAAGGAAAAAGUGCAAACACGUUCUGAGGAAAGAAGAGGGGAAGAAAAAUCACCAAAUUUAGAAGAGGAGGGGGAAAUGCAGACAUGCCCUGAGAGGGAAAAAGGAGAAGACGGACAGGAAAAGAUGGAAACCGAGCAAAAACUGGUUAGAAAGAGGACCAGAAGUAGCAAUUUAGAUGAGGACGGAAAAGAGGAGGCAGAGAGUGUUCCAACAGAGUCAGCUGAUGACGAAAGGGAAAAUGUGAGUUUCAUCAGCCGUCCGUGGCGCUUCACUGAUGGGAAGGUGAACCGUCCAGUGUGUAAGGGCUUGCUUGAGGCCAUCCUUUACCACAUCAUGUCCCUGCCGGGUGUCACACAGCAGGCUCUCCUGGAACACUACAAGAACGCUCUGCAACCAGUGGUGGUGCUGGACCUUGUGCAGGCUCUCAUCGAGUUGGGGUGUGUGACAAAGAAAACUUUGGUCAAGGAACCCAAACCAUCACUCUUUGCUCGUUCUGUCUGCCAAAAUAAAAGCGUGACAAACCGCGAGGAAGCAGAGACUGUGUUUUACGAGCCCACCAUCAGCUGCUGCCUGCGACUGUGUCAGAUUCUGCCUAACGAACGACUCUGGAAUGACAUUGCAUCAUAAAUGUAUCCCUCCAUGUUGUACAUACAUGACUGCACCUGGGCUCAUGCUUUAACCCUCCCACUGUCUUCAUGGGUGACCCCGCCAGGAAAGUCGACCACUGAGCAGGAUUGAUGGUUUAUACCUUGAGGUCCAUGUGGCAGGGGUGAGGAGUGAGCACCACCUCACCCCUGCCACGUGGACCUCAAGGGAUAAACCAUCAACCCUGCUCAAUGGUCGAAUUUCAUGGCGGGGUCACCCGUGAAGACAGUGGGAGGGUUAAUGUUUACAUCUCAAAGGAUUACAUUAUAAAUGUUAAAAAUCAGACUGUGAUGCACAAAGAAAUUCAUUUAUACAUUUUUAUUUUAUUUUUAUUUUUUUCUCUGCUACUCAAGUGUUGUAAAUAAUUAAAUUUUGUGCGAUAUGAAUACAAACGCUUGACUUGUUUUCCUGUAUUGAGUUGGCUGAUAUUUAAUUAUAUUGAUAAAUUAGUGUUGCAAAUGUUUGCUUUCUGCAACAUUAAAGUGGAUAAUUCCCCUCAUCAGACACGGUGAAAAGCAUUGGUUUUACAUUAAACAUUUGUUUAUUAAAUAAAUCAUCCAAAUGUUUUCCUA